AUGUCUUCCUCGCUUCAGCUUUCUUUCUCCCUGCGCGUCUCUUCCGGCGUCAAGACCGUCCACCUUCUCGGCUCCUGGGACGGCUACACUGGCCAGCUCCCGCUCUCCAAGGAGAAGGGCUCGACCAAGACGUGGAAGGGCACCUUCCGCUUCAACAACUCGACCCUCGAGGCCGGCCAGCGCUACUGGUACUACUACAUCAUCGAUGGCUACCACGUCGCCCACAACCCCAGCGAGGCCUCGACCAAGGAGCCCACGACCGGCCGCGAGCUGAACAUCCUCGACGUUGCCGGCGACAAGAAGAAGUCGUCUUCCCACUCCUCGUCCAAGUCCAAGAGCUCUUCCCGCUCGUCCAAGGAGAAGUCCUCCAAGCGCUCGUCCACGGCCGACAUCCCCAAGGGCCGCCCCCUCUCCGUCUCCCAGAUCAAGGCUCCCAAGCCCGUGGCUCCCCACGCCACCCGCCACAUCCUUGACGAGGACUACGAGGUCGACGAGCUCUCCGACCAGUUCGCCAACACCGGCAUCUACGAGUACGACGAGGACAUCAUCACCGACUUCGGCGCCUCCUCGCCCGUCUCCUCGACCGGCUCGUCCCUGUCCUACCGCUCCGACAGCUCCAGCCCCAGCUCCAGCCUCUCUGGCUACUCCACCCCCGGCUCGGACUGCAGCUCGUGCACCUGCGAGCGCUACGGCAUCACCCGCAAGGGCGAGCGCGUCCGCCUCGACUGCGGCGGCUCCCGCUGCGGCUACGACGAGGACUCGUGCUCGUCCUCCGAGGACGAGGAGUACGUCAACCGCUCCGCCCGCCGCAACGGCAUCGUCGUCCGCUCAUGA